CCGGGCGCUUCAGAGUGACACGUCUUCUCACCUCCCCCUUUCUCUCUUUCCCCUGCCUCCUCACGUCUGCCCAUAUCACGAUAGUCGCGUCAGCACCGGGUUUUGGGGGGUAUGGAGGGGGGCGCUUGCCUGCGUGCGGGAAUGCCGGGCGCUGAGGAUAACAAACCAAAGAAGUUAUGAAUAUCAUCUGUGGUUUGAAGUUGUUGGGCAGGAACUGUAGCUCUUUUCGUUUGGCUGCUUUGACAAAGGAGGCUAAGUGCAAUAACCUCUAUAAGCCCUAUGCAGGAUAUUGCCGAACUCAAGUCAGUUGUACACGAGAUAGAGGCCAAAGGCUGAAUUUGAGUGGAAAUACUAGAAACUGGUUUUCAACUGGAAGCCCCGACUCUGACAGAAACUUCAUCAGUAAAGGACUGAGAUGUCUUUUGAAUGUCCCAAAUAUAGCAGUACACAAGAAUGCACACCACAGUCCUGAAAGGUUUUGCUUCCAGUCAUCUCAUCCGUUGGGGAAGACAAUCACAUCCCUCCAGAUCCGUUCCGUAGAGCAACUCCCACAUCAUUUUCCAGCUUGGAACAUUCAGAUCCUCAGGUCUCUUCACACAUCACCACCAUUUCAGGCUGCACCAGCUCCUCUUUUCUGGAUUAUUGUUAAGCCAGCUCAGAAACUGUUUGCUAUUCUUCUUGGCAGGAGCAUAAGAAAUUGGUGGAAGGCACUUCCUCCUAAUAAACGGGAGCUUUUUAAAGAACAUGCAAGACAACAUAAAUGGAAGAUACUCCUGAGUGUCAGUAGCUUUGGAGUUUUAUUCAUUGUGUUUUAUUUUACUCACUUGGAGGAGACACCCAUCACCGGGCGCCCUCGACUGUUGGUGUUUGGAAAAGAACAUUUUAGGGAACUGUCCCAGAUGGAAUAUAAGAUGUGGAUGGAGGAAUUCAAAAGUGAAAUGUUGCCUGAGACAGAUCCACGCUACCAGGUUGUGAAGAGAGUUGUUGGUCAUUUAUCUGAAAGCAAUAAGGACAUCCCACAGGUCUCUGCACUCAAGUGGGUUAUCCAUGUGGUAGAGGAACCAGGUGUUAAUGCUUUUGUGCUUCCAAAUGGUCAAGUGUUUGUUUUCACUGGAUUGCUAAAUGCAGUUUCUGAUAUACAUCAGCUGUCCUUCAUUCUGGGACAUGAAAUAGCUCAUGCUGUGCUGGAACAUGCAGCAGAGAAAGCCAGCCUGGUUCACUUUUUGGAUUUUCUAUCACUCAUCUUUCUCACUAUGAUUUGGGCCAUCUGUCCUCGAGAUAGUUUGGCAGUUGUUGGCCAGUGGCUUCAGAGCAAGUUGCAGGAGUUUAUGUUUGAUAGACCAUACAGCAGAACUUUGGAGGCUGAAGCUGAUAAAGUGGGACUUCAGUUUGCAGCAAAGGCUUGUGUGGAUGUAAGAGCAAGCAGUGUAUUUUGGCAACAAAUGGAACUAGCAGAAACCAUUCAAGGGCAGCCCAAGUUGCCAGAGUGGCUCUCCACCCACCCUUCUCAUGAGAACAGAGCAGAGCACUUAGACCGGCUUAUCCCAGAGGCUCUUAAAAUAAGAGAGAGCUGCAAUUGCCCAUCUCUUUCUGGACCAGAUCCUCGCCUUAUUUUCAAACUUAACAUGCAGCAUCUUCUGGAAUCAUCUAAGAAUCAAGAAGCCCCAAAUUCUACAAAGCGAGAUCGCCCAAAACCCAAACUGGAUUUUCCUCACACUCAAAAAGUGGAAGAUAGCCCAGUAACUUUUGCAGUUAAACCUACAAACUAAUGAUAACAACUUCCAAUUUUUUAUAAACUUGUGGUCCCUGAAGGUGUCUCUUCUAACACGAUUUUGUCUUUGAACCAUAAAGAAGAUGUAGCCACUCAUAUUCUAUGUUUUUUAAAAGUGAUCUCUCACUCAAAGCAAUAAGGAACCAUGCCCACACAAGAAGAGCAGCGUGUUGGAGCAGAAAGCUUCUUAAUCAUCAAGAGUUACUAAAAUAAAUCACUUCUCAGGGGAAAGAUAAUCUCAUACAAUCCAGUCACACAGUGUAAUUUUCAGCUUUAUCAGGCUCACCUUGAUCAGAGGACAGAUGAGCCAGAAGCGUCCCUAAAGCAGAGGAAAAUGUACAGUUUUCAUCACUUAAGUUGUCUGGUUUAUCUUGCUGUAAUUUGGGUUACAUCUCUUCAGCUUCAUUUGAGAAAUAAUGAGGAGAGCUCACUGCCUGCUCCACAUCUGGUAUCUUUAAGAAUAUUAAGCUGAGAUGUGGUAAUAGCCUAUGGGCAAGAUACACCCCUGCUUAAUUAGGUAGAUUUACUGCUGGGAUUUUUCUUCUUUCUAAGGCAUUUUAGAAUAUGGAUUGAUUCAACAUUUUUCUUCAAAGCAACCUGAAAGGGUUGAACAAAGUUCAGUUUAAAAAAAGGAGUUAAAUGAUUUUCAAGGAAGUCUUUCUUCUGAAAGAAACAGAGUGUGAGAACCAGUGUGUAGCACUGGAAUCAUAGAAUGGUUUGGAUUGGAAAAGGACCUUAAGAUCUAAUUCCAACCUCCUGCCAUGGGCAGGAAUGCCUC